GCUCUGCUUGCUGUGUGCUGUCCCAGUCCCUGUGCCUGUCCAGCUACAGAUAUACAGAUACACACAGAUACACAAACACAGCAGCCAAAGCUGACAGCGCAGUUGACGUCGCAGUCGCUGUUCACGUUGUCGUUGUCGCAGCAAGUUAACGUUAACAUUAACAUUAAGUUAUCGCAGUUAACUUGGCUGUAAUUGCGGCUCGCUACGAAACAGUUUUUUAAUUGUUGUAAACAAGCGCGCGCGUUCGGUUUGACAAAUUGCCAGCACAUAAUAAUAACAAUAAAUUCUAAAUAAAUAAUAUAAAUUAAAAGUGCAACAAAAAAACAACCGAAAUUUGCAAAUCCGCCGCGAGUUGUUUCAAGUCGAAAAAAGAAAACACAAAAUUCUACAAAUUGUUGAUAGAGGUCGUGGAAUACUCAUCGCGUCUCGUCGAAUUCGCUUGAAAUCGUUUAUGCAAAUUAAUUGUUGUUGCCGGCAAAGCAAUCGAAAUGGCGCCAAAAAUCUAUUGAGCAGUCUUCAACAAUUUUAUUUGUUAUUAAAUAUUAAGAGUUUUCGAAAUAUAAAUCGCGCAAGGAGUUUAAUAGCCACUAUCAAUAUUUGUACAACGAAUAAGCGACGUAUAAUGUAUCUACCAGAUACAGAUACAGCUACGAAUACAGAUACAUAUACAACAACCGCCACAGCUUCAGCAGCAGUCGAAGCAAUCGCAGUCACAGCCACAGCCGCAGAUGCGUAUGGCGAAUUAACACAAACGCGUUAAUACAAUUAGUUGAAAAGUGAAAAAUCUCAUGUAUAUAAAAUGUACGAAACGAAACAGAAAUAAAUAAAAAGAUUUUUAACAAAAACGCAGAAGCAGCAGCCACAGCCACAGCAGCAACAACAACAACAAACUGUUAAAAUAAUAAAUACAAAAAAAAAGAGAGUAAAAAUAAAAAAUACUAUACACAACUCGGUCGCUGUCGACAAAAAGCGCCACAACAAAUUUGCAACUUUACACUCGUCGGAGGUUUUCAGUCGCGAAAUGAAGUCACAGCCACAAAGCUGAGCCACUGAACGCGUGUGCCAUUGUCAACAGCCAACAGCCAACAACCAUCCACACAGCAACACUGCAAACAACAAAUCACAUAACCGAAUAACUAAAUAACUAAAUAUCGAGAAGUUUGAACAUGGUCGAGUUACUCAAAGCGCUCAAUUUGACGGGCAAUUUGCUGGCGGGCCUUGAUGACAACAGCCUUGAGAUUGCCGCCGCCGCUGCAGAGCCGUCGAAUAGUCUCAAUGCCACCGCCAUGAAUCUGACCACCACAACAACAACGACAACCACACUGGCUAAUGCCACCAGUAGUGCAGAGAAACUCCAAUUGGAUGGCUUCGAUUUGCCAGGCAACUACUCAAUUUUAAUCAAUAAACUCGAGCAACUUGCUCUCGGCCUGGAUUCCGCCUUAGGGAACUUCACCAUCGAUCGCCAGGAGGUGGAGAUCAAUUUGAGUGGCGGUGCCACAGCCAACGAUGUGGCCGAUGUUGAUGAUCGGCUCUUUAGCGAUGUCUUGCCCGCUGCUCGUAACCCAACGCCUCACAUUGCGCACGGUUCGCGCAUCUACACGGGCGAAGAGGAGGAUUUUGCGCAUGUGGUCAGCGAUAUUUGGAUUGGGGUCAUUCUCACGCUGCUCAUUGUGUUUAUCAUCUUCUUCAUAUGCGCCUGCUUCCUGUAUCACAAGUUUCAACAGUGGAAGAAUUCAUAUCGUGCGAAUCACAGCGAUGCCACCAUCGAGGUCUGCCGUCAUUGUCCGCCGGAUUACGAGGCCGAAUCGCUGCCCUCGUACACAAUUGUCUCUGGUCUGCCAACCUAUGAUGACGCACUCGAGGAGUUCCGCAAGGCAGGCAUUAUCCUAACUCCAGCCAUUGUGCCGGUCAUCAAGAUCUUUGAGCAUGUGAACAACGAAGCCGGCGGCGCUAAGGAACCAGCUGUGGCCUACAGUCUGGUGGAGACGACACCAGCAGCAGCUGCCGCCAUCGCGAAUGGUGAUGCCAACGCGGACAACAUUUCGCUGACCUCCAUCACCUGCAAUUGCGGUGGCGGUGGCACCUCGCCCACCACCUCGCUGCCCAGCUACAGUGCAGCGACAGCGGCUGCUAUGGCCUCGCAGAUCAUUGAGCUGUCGCCGGAGCAUCUGGCCUCGCUCUCCCAGAAGCGCCUCUCGCUACAGAUCUCAUUCAACAAUUCGCUGCGUCGUCGCUCUCGCUCUACGCUGCGUAAUCAUUUGCUGCGCUCGCGCGCUGUGGGGAACACUGUUGGGCUGGGACCAAUUGAGCCAACAAACCUUGCUGCCCCAACAGCCGCAGCAACAACAACAACGGCAGCAGCUGGUGUGGCAUCGAGUGCUGCUCCUGCGAGCCGAGAUUGCCAUGUGCUGCCGCCCAUACAUCGAUCGUCGUCGACGCUGUCGCUGUCCAAUGAACGACAACUGCUGGAUCAGCGCUUGAGGCAUUUGCAUCAUCGCGGCUCCUUGUACUGAGGACUCACGUUCCAAAUGCAAUUUCCUCAAAUUUCAAUUACUUAACUGUUAGUUAUAAGCGACAUCAACAAAAACAACACAAACUGCUCUAUACCAUAAUAAAGUGUUUAUGUAAAUGUU